AGAAGAAAUUAAUAAACUUAGCCUCUGCAGCCAUGAUCUCCCUAGCUAUCACCAGCAAUACUUCUCCAACGGCUCUCAGAACCAAACCCAUGAAAGCAUCCGGCGAGCUUCAUGCAGCCAUGGAUCAGCCGAGCAAAGCAGGGAAGCUGGCUGCUUGGACGAGCAUACCCCAUGAUAAAUGGGCGGGAGAGCUCCAACUGCAGGGAGAGAUUCCUCUUUGGCUCAACGGCACAUACAUAAGAAACGGCCCCGGCGUAUGGCACAUCGCCGACCACAACUUCCUCCACCUAUUCGACGGCUACGCCACUCUCGUCCGCCUCCACUUCCGCCGCGGCCGCCUAACCGCCAGCCACCGCCAAAUCCAAUCGGAAGCCUACAAAGCCGCCAAACAGAGCAAUCGGCUCUGCUUUCGCGAGUUCUCCGAGGUCCCCAAAUCCAGCAACUUCUUCUCCUAUCUCGGCGGUCUGGCUGACCUCCUCACCGGCGCUUCGCUGACCGAUAACGCAAACACGGGCAUCGUGCGGCUGGGCGACGGCCGCGUGGUCUGUCUCACGGAGACGGUGAAGGGAUCGAUAGAGAUAGAUCCAGACAGUUUGGGGACAAUUGGGAGGUUUGAGUAUAGGGAUGGGGUGAGGGGGGUGGUUCAGUCGGCGCACCCGAUGGUGACGGACAGGGAGAUGGUGACGAUUCUGCCGGAUUGUGGGGGCGGGGUGGUGAGGAUGGAGGUGGGGGGGAAUGAGAGGAGGGUGAUUGGGAGGGUUGAGUGCAGGGGAGGGCCGGGGCCGGGGUGGGUGCAUUCGUUUCCGGUGACGGAGAAUUAUGUGGUGGUGCCGGAGAUGCAGCUUCGGUAUAGUGUGGGGAACAUUCUGAGGGCGGAGCCAACGCCGCUGUACAAGUUUGAGUGGAGGCCGAAUUCAGGGAGUUACAUGCACGUCAUGUGCAAGGCUACUGGUACAGUUGUGGCCAGUGUGGAGGUUCCACCUUUUGUAACCUUCCACUUCAUAAAUGCAUACGAGGAGGAGGAUGAUGAGGGUAGAGUCACCGCCAUAAUCGCCGACUGUUGCGAGCACAAUGCUGAUACGACUAUUCUCGAUAAACUACGCCUCGACAACCUCCAAUCAUUCAUCGGCCAAGACGUCCUACCAAAUGCGAGGGUUGGGAGAUUUCGUAUACCUUUGGACGGGAGCACCACUGGAUCACUGGAAUCGGCACUGGAUCCCGAAGAGCAUGGGCGGGGAAUUGAUAUGUGCAGUAUUAAUCCUGCUAAUCUUAGCCGCCCGUAUCGCUAUGCUUAUGCAUGUGGAGCCCAACGGCCUUGCAACUUUCCAAACGCUCUUACCAAGAUAGACUUACUAGAAAAGAAAGCAAAAAAUUGGCACGACAAAGGUUCAAUACCUUCUGAACCUUUCUUCGUCGCAAGGCCAGGAGCGUCUGAGGAAGACGAUGGUGUGGUUAUAUCUAUCAUUAGCGGCCAAAAUGGAGAAGGUUAUGCUCUCAUACUCGAUGGCUCCAGCUUUGAGGAGAUUGCACGAGCAAAAUUUCCUCACGCACUUCCUUAUGGUCUGCAUGGAUGCUGGAUUCCAAAGAAGCAAUAAUUAGCAGCGAUGGGUUAAUUAAUGCUUCAUCUCGAAUGUGUAUUUUAUAGACUAUAAACAGCUUGUUAUGUUUAUUUUAUAUGCACGUACAUAUGUUUGCAAUGGCAGUGUUGCUAUGGUUUGUAUAUGGUUCUGUUAUAUAUUGUGUCAAGAUUAUAUGUAUGUUGGCAUGUUGCAUAUUAGAGGGGCUUCUAUGAGCUUGUAUAAAUUAAUAGUAUUAAUUUUUGUUUGUAUUUUAGAAUGUUUAUGCUAACCAAUAAUGAGGGAA